AUGACAAACUCGAGCGCCGUUUUAGUGGCACUCGCAUUAAUUGUUAGCGAAUUAAAUUUAUUACACAAUGUAAACCUUUUAUUAGAGGACUUCUUUCCGUCAAACAUAGUUUUUCUUCUCAGUAUCUGUAUCCUUCUGGAAGAGCUGCGAGUAAUCUCUGUGCUACGUUUGUACUCACCUAUAAGCUUUCUAUUUGAGACUCUUCUCUCGCUGUUUCUUUUAGAAUGUUCGCUGCUGUACAUCUGGCGGCCUCUACAAUUAUAUCUACUCAUCAACGCUGAUGAUAUCCUAGUACAAUUAUAUGAGAACGAGACAUUUAACUGGCUAGUUUGUCCCCUGUGUUGUGGUACCCGUAACCCUGCGCCAGACUUUGCUCGCCUGGUACUAAAGAUUUGUAGUUUUAGCUUUUUACUGUCUGUUAUUUUUGCGACUAAAUUAAAUAAGUAG